AUGUCUGCCUCUCCCAGUACAGCGGCCGUGCCCUCACAAAAGCGGCCCCUUGAGGAGCCGUCCUCCCCUUCCGGAACAGGAGAUCAGCCCGAUGCUAAGCGACCCGCAUUGGACAAGGUCGUGAAGGAAGAGCAGCCGGAUGUUGAGCAGUUAGCACCGGAGCCCGUGCGCAGUGUCGAGACGACUGAGGAUGAAGACGUGAAAACCGAAGAUACGUCUGCAGCGCCUACGCUUAAUGGUACAACAGAUGGACAGGGGGAUACCGUAGUCCCCGAUGCUCCGACGACGCUUUCGGGAGCUUCGGUGCUGGAGACACAGCCCAUCCAGUCCACAUCCAAUGGUCGAGCGAGUUCGCAAGGACUUUUACCUCACCAGGACGAGACUGGAUGGCUACAUGUCCGUGCGAUCAUUUCCAGUGCUGAAGCUGCCACCGUGAUAGGAAAGGGCGGCGAGAAUGUUACACUGAUCCGCCGAAUGUCAGGCGCCAAGUGCACAGUAAGCGAUUAUUCGCGAGGCGCAGUUGAGCGUAUCCUGACCGUUAGUGGUCAAGUCGAUGCUGUCGCGAAGGCUUUCGGUCUUAUCAUCCGGACAUUGAACAACGAGCCGCUCGAAGCACCCUCCACUCCUCAAUCGAAGACCUACCCACUUCGCCUCUUGAUACCGCACAUCCUCAUCGGCUCGAUCAUCGGCAAGUCUGGCGUUCGGAUCAGGGAGAUUCAAGAAGCGUCUGGUGCCCGUCUCAACGCCUCAGAGUCCUGCCUCCCUCUGUCCACCGAGCGCUCGCUUGUAGUGCUGGGUGUUGCGGAUGCAGUCCACAUUGCGACGUACUAUAUCGGUAGCACAUUGGUUGAGCAGCUCACAGAACGCUUCGGUGGCCCGGCAGCAUCCGCGUAUGCGACACGAAGCGGCGGUCCUGCUGGCGUUGUACCUGGGGGAAUGCAAGUCGUUCCGUACGUCCCUCAGGCUGCUGGUGGUCAAUGGGGCCAUCCGGACAACUAUAGGAGGAACCAGGGCCAAGGCAAUAGGGGUGCUUCUAACGCAUAUGGAGCGCCCUAUCAGCAAGGACAGCCCCAGCAAGCUCAAUCGGCACCUCUCCACUAUGGCGCGGGCUCACCUCGCGCCGGGUACACCGGUGCUGGUCCGCACAUGCCUCAGCAACACGGAGGAUAUCAAACUCCUCAGCAAGGCAGUCACGCCGGCCCACCUGCGCAGCCGAUUCAGGGCAUGAUACCUGGACAACCGAUGACGCAGCAAAUCUUUAUCCCGAAUGAUAUGGUUGGCGCGAUUAUCGGAAAGGGUGGUGCAAAGAUCAAUGAGAUUCGACAACUCAGUGGCAGUGUGAUCAAGAUAAACGAGCCACAGGACAACAGCAACGAGCGGUUGGUUACAAUCACAGGAACUCAGGAGUGCAAUCAAAUGGCACUCUACAUGCUAUAUUCAAGGCUCGGUGAGUCUAAAACCCCCAACCCAAAAUGA